UGUAGUUGAAUGAGGACUUCCGACUUCAAGAAUGUUACAGUGAAUUUUAGGAGUGUCAACAAAAGGAUAUACACAUAAGUACACAGGAAAAUCUAGCACAAUGUGAGAUGACACAACAUAACGGUAAACACGAGGAGACCAACAACAUCAUGGUGGUCAAAAAUAUCAGAGAUCCAACGGCACGCCGUGUUGGCCGUGCUAAGGUGACCCAUGCCGUCGUUGUAAUUUUUUUAGAAUUCUUUGCCUGGGGCCUGCUAACAACCCCUAUGCUGACAGUCCUGCAUGAGACUUUUCCUCAACACACAUUUCUCAUGAAUGGUCUCAUUCAAGGAGUAAAGGGCCUGCUGUCGUUUAUGAGCGCCCCUCUGAUCGGUGCCUUGUCAGAUGUUUGGGGCAGGAAGUCCUUCCUCCUGCUGACAGUGUUCUUCACCUGCGCCCCCAUUCCCUUAAUGAGGAUUAGCCCAUGGUGGUAUUUUGCCAUGAUAUCAGUAUCUGGGGUGUUUGCUGUCACUUUCUCUGUCAUAUUUGCAUAUGUAGCAGAUAUUACAGAAGAGCAUGAAAGAAGCACUGCAUAUGGGUUGGUGUCAGCAACCUUUGCUGCAAGCUUAGUUACCAGCCCGGCCAUCGGAGCUUACCUUUCAAGCAUAUAUGGGGACAGCUUGGUCGUGUUGGUGGCUACCAUUAUAGCUGUGGCGGAUAUUUGUUUUGUACUGUUUGUCGUGCCAGAGUCUUUACCAGACAAAAUGAGAUUAAGUUCCUGGGGAUUCCCUAUUACCUGGGAACAAGCCGAUCCCUUUGCUUCUCUAAGAAAAGUGGGCAAAGAUACGACAGUGUUGCUCAUCUGUGUGACAGUGUUUCUUUCCUACCUACCUGAGGCAGGGCAGUACUCCAGCUUUUUCCUCUACCUACGACAGGUCAUUAACUUCUCACCAGCAGCAAUUGCAGCAUUUAUAGCAAUGGUUGGAAUCCUUUCUAUCCUAGCACAGACUUUGUUCCUCAGCCUUUUAAUGAGAACAAUAGGAAAUAAGAACACAGUUUUACUUGGGCUUGGAUUUCAGCUGUUCCAGCUGGCCUGGUAUGGCUUUGGAUCAGAGCCAUGGAUGAUGUGGGCGGCAGGCACAGUGGCCGCUAUGUCCAGUAUCACCUUCCCCGCGGUCAGUGCCCUGGUGUCUCACUGCACAGAUCACGGACAGCAGGGAGCUGUCCAGGGAAUGAUCACGGGGAUUCGAGGCUUGUGCAAUGGGCUGGGCCCGGCUUUUUUCGGCUUCAUAUUCUUUCUUUUCAAUGUGGAGCUGAAUGAGAUUGACCUGGUGGGGAGUGGCCAGAACGCAGAUUCAGCUAGUGAGGUAGGGAAACGUAAAUCCGUCAUUCCUGGGCCGCCGUUCCUUUUCGGAGCUUGCUCGGUGGUGCUGGCGCUGAUAGUGGCCGUUUUUAUCCCAGAGCAUCACAACCUUGCGGUGAAGACCUGCACCAUGCAAACCAUGAGUACAACAGUCAGUGGAGGGCAGUGUGACAACUCCACCCCUGGCAGCGACGAAGAUGUUGAGCCACUGCUGCAAGACAGCAGCAUGUAAUAUGCUCUGCUGGACAGGUAGCUCUGAAACGACAUUAGAGACCUCAGAAACGGAGAAGCGACCAGUAAUUUUACUCUUACCCUAGUUGAGAGAAAGGAUGAGGACCGGGUUUGCGAUGUCAUUAAACCGUUGAUUCUUUUAUAAGGCUUUAGCGUUGUCUCUUAAUGUGGUUGUUUAUAAUUGUUUUUAGCUGAACUGGGAGUCAGGCUUUGUUUUUGUUCUUCUGUACGCCCUGUGAGGAAUGAAUUAAGAUUAUGCAAAAAUUCAUCAAUGAGUUCAAGUUCGCUCUUUGUUGAGUAUGUGCCUUUAACAUUUCUUUUAAAUUCAAGUUUACUAUUUUGUUUAUGUUUUACUUUUGUUUUUUUUAAAUAAAUCAACCUUAAUUGCCCUGUGAAUGUAUAAUAAUACCAAUAGAUGUCAUUUAACAUUUCAACGGGUGUUCUUUAUGGACUCAAGUUAAACAGUACAUUUAUUUUAA